AUGGCUCUUGCCGUGGAGAAAAAUGGCGCACUCCCGAGUGAAGUCAAGCAGGAGGCCAUCAUUGAAGCUGCGCAGGACCCCCAGUCGGGCAUUCCCGCUGAGGCUGCCGAAAAAGCCCUAGUCGCGGAGAGCAAGAAGGCUGGUGCUGCUGUGUACCAGUUCGAUCCCAAUGCAACUCCCGAACAGAAGAAGCAGCAGGUAGAGAAUAGCGUGCCUGCAGGCUUUCACCGUGACAAGAAACCGCCUGCGGUUGCCAUCACCACCGAUAUUGUGAAUGGUACCACCACUACUAACGGAAAGGUACCCGUGAAAGAAAGCCCAGUAAACGGCCAGGCAGUCGAGCUAGCGUCGCCUCAAAAGCCAAGUGCCGAGCUCACAGAAGAGCAACGAUGGGCAAGAGAUCGAACCGGAUGGGCUCCUCGCUUCCAUUCAGAGGACGACGAUGCUGAUGACGGGGAAAUCCUUCUUGAUCACCAGACCGCGCUGGAGGGUAAGCUGGACGAAAAGUUCUUUGGAGAUUGGUACCAUAAUGCCGGCAUCAUCAUCUUUGCUUGCCUGACCUCCUGGUUUGUGGCUCUUAUCGGCGGUGGAUUGGGAUGGGUCUUCAUCGUCAUGGCCGCCUGCGGCACUUACUAUCGAACCUCCAUCCGCCGUACACGAAGGAACUUUCGAGAUGACAUUAAUCGCGAACUUGCUAAAAAUCGAUUGGAAACCGAUACGGAGAGUUUGGAGUGGAUCAACAGCUUUUUGGUUAAGUUUUGGCCUAUCUAUGCUCCUGUAAUCUGCGAUACGAUCAUCAAUUCGGUGGAUCAGGUUCUUAGUACGGCAACGCCUUCAUUUUUGGAUAGUUUGCGCCUCAAAACCUUCAUCUUGGGUACUAAACCUCCGCGCCUGGAGCACGUUAAGACGUACCCGAAGACAGAAGUUGAUACUGUGUUGAUGGAUUGGAAGUUCAGCUUUACGCCCAAUGAUACCAUGGACUUGACCGCGCGCCAGCUGCGCAAUAAGAUCAACCCUAAAGUCGUUUUGGAGGUGAGAAUAGGCAAGGGUCUUGUCAGUAAAGGCCUUGACGUAAUUGUUGAAGAUUUUGCCUUCUCUGGUUUGAUGCGUGUCAAAUGCAAGCUUCAGAUUCCUUUCCCGCAUAUUGAACGAGUUGACAUCUCGUUCAUGGGUGAGCCGGAAAUUGACUACGUAUGCAAGCCGCUAGGUGGAGAUCUUUUGGGCUUUGAUAUCAACAUCAUUCCAGGUCUGGAGAGUUUCAUCAAAGACCAGAUUCACAGCAACCUAGCGCCCAUGAUGUAUGACCCGAACGUAUUCCCAAUAGAGAUCGCGAAGAUGCUUGCGGGUAACCCGAUAGAUCAGGCUGUCGGUGUUGUUGCGGUCACAAUCCAUUCAGCCCACAACCUUAAGAAUUCUGACAAGUUCUCUGGCUCCCCCGAUCCCUACGCAGUGGCAUCCAUCAACGGCCGUACCCCAUUGGGAAGAACAAAAACGAUCACUCAAACCACGAAUCCCAAGUGGAAUGAAACGAUCUACGUUAUUAUCACCUCCUUCGCUGAUUCGCUCACUCUACAAAUUUUCGACUACAAUGAAAUCAGACGGGAUAAGGAACUUGGUACUGCGACAUUUCCCAUGGAGGUACUUGAAAGCGUUCAUGAGCACGCAAAUCUGUCACUUGACAUUAUGGCUAACGGACGACAUCGCGGCACAGUCCAAGCUGACAUUAAUUUUUUCCCAGUCAUGAUGGGAGGCAAAAACCCCGAGACUGGGGUAGAAGAACCUCCACCAGAAUUGAAUACUGGUAUCGCGAAGAUUACUAUUGAGCAAGCUAAGGAGCUUGAUGGCUCUAGAAGUCUUAUCGGCCAACUCAACCCCUACGGCGUUUUGCUGCUAAACGGGAAAGAAAUUCACAUUACGAACAAGCUUAAGCGUACAAACAACCCGAUUUUCACGAAUCCUUCUAAAGAAGUGCUCAUUACUGACCGGAAAUCCGCUCGUGUUGGCUUGAUCAUCAAGGAUGACCGUGAUCUUGCAACUGAUCCGAUUUUGGGAACUUAUCAAAUGAAAUUGACCGACAUGCUCAGUUCAAUGGAGAAAGGACGUGAAUGGUUUAAUCUUAACGCUGCCAAAACCGGUCGUGCUAAGAUGAAGCUAGAAUGGAAACCUGUUGCACUUAAAGGUGUCGUUGGCAGCGGCGGCUACGUGACUCCAAUUGGUGUUAUGCGGAUCCAUCUUCGCGGCGCAAAGGAUCUUAGAAACUUGGAGACGAUGGGAAAAUCCGACCCAUACGUUAGAGUCCUCCUCUCCGGAGUGGAGAAAGCUCGCACUGUUACUUGGAGAAAUAAUCUGAAUCCCGAUUGGGAUGAGGUGGUUUAUAUUCCAAUGCACUCCGCUAGAGAAAAGAUAAUUCUUGAGGUGAUGGAUGAAGAAAGCCUUGGAAAAGAUAGAUCUCUCGGUAUGCUGGAAUUGUCUGCUGCAAACUAUAUGCAUGAAGGUGAAGAUGGCCAGUUUGCGGUCGAUGACGAGAAACAACUUUUAUACACCCAGUUACGCCUCGAAGGACGUGGUCAGCCAAAGGGCACGCUUAACUACACAGUUGCUUUCUAUCCAACACUGAACGUGAUCGACCCCGAAGAAGAGGAAGCAGAAGCUCAGGCACGAAAGGCCAUGGAAGGCCAAGUGGCCAUCGAACCAAAGAAAAGUAUGGACAGCACACGCCCUUCUACCCUUGCAUCUCCUACCGAGCCGAAGAAGAGUAUGGAGAGUGCUCGGUCCCCCACAGUUGCAUCUCCUACCGAACCGAAAAAGAGCAUCGACAGUACACCGCCUUCCAAAGUUGCCUCUCCUACUGUGCCAAAUGCAGAUGUUAAGGCCAAUGGCCGCCCAAGUAUUGAGAGCACAGGAUCCAAGUUGUUAGCUGACAAGGCGGGUCUCGAAUCUCCAGUCGAAAAAUCCGCGCCCAAGAUCCGACUUACACCUCAAGAUAUUCACAAAUACGAGUCUGGCUUGAUCGUUUUCAAAAUUAUUGAAGGCCAAUUGGCCCAUACGGAUGUUCAGCUUGAGGUUGUGAUGGAUGACUACGCUUUCCCUUGCUACACGUCAUCGAAGGCGCGUUCCAAACAUAUCACGUUCAACGAUGUCGGCGAUGCCUUCGUUCGUGAACUUGAAUUCUCCAAGAUUACCCUUCGCCUCGUCGAAAAGACCGAUAAAAAGGGUGGUGAUGAUGAUCAUGACCAUUCUAUCGCGAGGCUCAGCGGCCCUACACUUGGUACCCUCGAGCAAUGCUUGUACAAACCCACGGAACUGACCUUAAAAUCCUCCGACGGCGGCGUCAACAAAGUCACAGUUAGUCUUAAAUACAUACCAGUGAAAAUGACACUCGAUCCAUCUGAAAGUAUCAACAAUAUGGGCAAUCUAAGAGUGGAUGUUCUCGAUGCAGCAGACCUGCCAUCAGCCGAUCGAAAUGGCUUCAGUGACCCUUACUGUAAAUUCAAGCUCAACGGAAAAGAUGUUUUCAAAACAAAGGUUCAGAAGAAGACAUUACAUCCUGCCUGGAAUGAAUGGUUUGAAUCCCCUAUCCCAUCACGAAUCGCAGCAGAUUUCAAGGUCGAUGUCUAUGAUUGGGAUUUUGGAGAAAAGGCCGAUUACUUGGGUGGUGCUGUGAUUCCUCUCGAUCAACUUGACCCAUUCCGUUCGCAGGAAAUAUCUAUUCCUUUGGAUGGCAAGUCAGGCGCUAUUCGAUUGAAGCUGCUCUUUAAACCAGACUACAUCAUUCGAUCUCGCCACGGUUCUUCGACGUUCUCUGGAACUUUCGCGACUCCCGGAAAGAUUGUUGGCGCUCCAGUUAAGACCGUCGGGAUGAUCGGUGGUGGCGUUGUGAAGGGCGCAUCGUUUUUGAAACAGGGGCUUAUGCGAGUUCGCAACACCGGCAAGGAAGACGAUAUCUCCUCCGACAUGGGAACGUCAAGAAAUGGCUCUCCAGCCCCGCCAAAUGUGGAGGUUACCCCAAGUCCUGGUCGAGCUCCAGCCCUGGCAGAAGGCUCGCCGUCCCCAUCAGUAUCUCCCUCUCCACAAGCACAUGGCCGCUCUCGGAGUAGCAUUUCGCAGGCUGGCGAUAGGCUCGGCGUAGGUGCAAAGGGAGACUCCGGCAUGGCAACUGUCACAAUCGUCUCUUCCUCUGGGUACCCACCAUCCACGAAUGUCCGCGUCACCAUCAAGCAGUCUACGCCGAAAGGAUGGAAGGAGAUUCACAAGUCCAAGUCGCACAAAGCUUCCUCCUCAGGUUCCUCUUCUCCAGGUGGACCCGCUGUAGUCACCUUCGACCAAGCUCACGAGACUGUCCGAAUCAAAGAUGUUAGUGCCGAUGCCCAGUUUCAGCUCCAGGUCAAGGAUCAUGCCACUUUUGGCUCGGACCAGGUGCUUGGUGAAGGCAUUUUCUUCCUCGACGAUCAAGGUUCGAGUGCCGGGAAGGAACGCAGCGUUAAGGUCGGAAGCGGGAUUGUGAGCAUCAAGACGGCGUUUACGCCAGCUGACAACGUUUCGCUACGGCCCGGCACGGCAUAUUCGAACGCGGUAGGCGAGGACCCUGAUAGCCCGGACUCGCGGAAGGUGAGGAGGAGUUUCUUAACCAAGCGGUGA